AUGUCUUCGCAUUUAUCCAACGGCCUCACCAAAGGCCCGAGGUCAGAGAAGGAGAAUGAUGCCAACUGCACUCUAGCAGACAUACCGAAGUCAAACACAUUCACCUCGAAACUACCUCCAGAUCCACAGUAUCCCACUCCCCUCGACUCCCAUCGAGCGCCUCGACAAAAGUUGGGCCCUCGCAUGGUCAGAGAAGCACUAUAUACAUAUGUCCGACCGGAGCCUACAGAGGAUCCCGAAUUACUUGCCGUCAGUCGAGCCGCCCUGCGCGACAUUGGUCUUGCCGACAGUGAGGCCGACUCGGAAGAGGUCAAACAGGUUGUUGCAGGCAACAAAUUCUACUGGGACGAGGAGAAGGGGGGCAUUUAUCCUUGGGCACAAUGCUACGGUGGCUUUCAGUUCGGUCAAUGGGCGGGUCAACUAGGUGAUGGACGAGCAAUCUCGCUGUUCGAGGCUACCAACCCAAAAACCAAGGUCCGCUAUGAACUACAACUGAAAGGCGCAGGCAAGACUCCCUAUUCGCGAUUUGCGGACGGUAAGGCUGUAUUAAGAUCCAGCAUACGAGAAUUUAUCGUGUCUGAGUACCUGAAUGCGCUCGGGAUCCCGACAACGCGAGCCCUUUCAUUGACGCUCUGCCCCAAGUCAACUGUCAUCCGCGAGCAGCUUGAGCCAGGAGCGAUCGUAUGCCGCUUCGCCCAAUCAUGGCUCCGUAUUGGGACUUUCGACCUGAUGCGAUCCAGAGGUGACCGGAACUUGGUUCGCAAAGUCGCUACCUAUGUUGCAGAAGAUGUGUUUGGUGGAUGGGAGACAUUGCCAGCUUCCCUAGAUGCAGAUAAAAAAGAUGCCCACCUCGAUCCUCCUAGAGGGGUGCCGAAGGACGAACUCCAGGGUAAAGAGGGUGCCGAGGAGAACCGCUUCACAAGGCUCUAUCGCGAAAUCGUCCGUCGAAAUGCCAAAGUCGUUGGGAUGUGGCAGGCCUACGGCUUCAUGAACGGCGUUCUAAACACCGACAAUACUUCGAUAUUUGGUCUCUCGAUGGACUAUGGCCCGUUCGCCUUCAUGGACAAUUUUGACCCGACUUAUACUCCUAACCAUGAUGACCACAUGCUUCGAUAUAGCUAUCGUGCCCAGCCGACCAUCAUCUGGUGGAACCUUGUCCGUCUCGGGGAAUCAUUGGGCGAGCUGAUUGGUUCUGGUGAUCGCGUCGACGAUGAAGUGUUUGUGGAAAAGGGUGUCGAGGAAGACUUUGCUCCUGUUCUGAUCAAGCGCGCCGAGACCAUCAUUGACCAGACGGCCGACGAAUACAAGGCGGUGUUUUUGAGUGAAUACCGACGCCUCAUGACUUUGCGACUUGGUCUGAAGACCCAGAAAGAAGGCGACUUUGAAAAGCUGUUCUCAGAGCUCCUCGAUACGAUGGAAGCUCUCGAAUUGGACUUUAACCACUUCUUCCGUCGCUUGUCUACAGUGAAGCUUGAGGACGUUAGCACCAAAGAGAACCGGGUACAAACAGCGGAAAGAUUCUUCCAUCAGGAGGGAGUUACUGGGCUGAAUGAGACCAAUGAAAGUGGUCGCGAGAGGGUCGGAAAGUGGCUCGACUCAUGGCGAGAACGAAUUGUGGAGGAUUGGGGCACCGAGCCAUCUGCCGACGAGGCGCGAGAGAAGGCCAUGAAAGCGGUCAACCCGAACUUUGUGCCCCGAGGAUGGUUGCUUGAUGAUAUUAUCGACCGAGUCCAGAACAAGAAGGAGAGGGAUAUUCUUCAGGGUGCGAUGGAAAUGUCACUGAACCCGUUCCAGGAUGAAUGGAGCUGGAAUGAGGAAAUUGAGAAGAAGUAUUGUGGCGACGUUCCACGAUUUAAGAGAGCCAUUCAAUGUAGCUGCUCUUCUUAG